AUGGGACCCGGGCGGGAGAUUUGAAAGGACCUCGGCGGGGGUGAGGGGGCGCGGCCGGACAGAUUCAGUUGUUGCCAGCGGCCAAGGUACCACGGGUUUCUUUCGGGAUUCUUGCUCCGGGAGAGGCCAGGUGAUCCGGCAGUUCCCUCCCCCUUUCCCUCUACGGAUGGCCCAGAAGGAGAACGCCUACCCCUGGCCCUAUGGCCGGCAGACGGCUCAGCCUGGCCUGAACACCCUGCCCCAGAGAGUCCUCCGGAAGGAUCCUGUCACCCCUUCAGCGCUUGUCCUCAUGAGUCGCUCCAAUGCCCAGCCCACAGCUGCCCCUGGUCAGAAGGUGGUGGAGAACAGCAGUGGGACCCCCAACAUCCCGAAGCGUUCCUUCACAAUCGAUGACUUUGAGAUUGGGCGUCCUCUGGGCAAAGGCAAGUUUGGAAAUGUGUACUUGGCUCGGGAGAAGAAAAGCCAUUUCAUCGUGGCGCUCAAAGUCCUCUUCAAGUCUCAGAUUGAGAAGGAGGGUGUGGAGCACCAGCUGCGUAGAGAGAUCGAAAUCCAAGCCCAUCUACAACAUCCCAACAUCUUGCGUCUCUACAACUAUUUCUAUGACCGGCGAAGGAUCUACUUGAUUCUGGAGUAUGCCCCCCGAGGGGAGCUCUACAAGGAGCUGCAGAAGAGCCGAACUUUUGAUGAGCAGCGAACAGCCACGAUCAUGGAGGAGCUGGCAGAUGCUCUGACGUAUUGCCAUGCGAAGAAGGUGAUUCACAGAGACAUCAAGCCAGAGAACCUGCUCUUGGGGCUCCGGGGAGAGCUGAAGAUUGCUGACUUCGGCUGGUCGGUGCAUGCCCCCUCCCUGAGGAGGAAGACAAUGUGCGGCACUCUGGACUACCUGCCCCCAGAGAUGAUUGAGGGGCGCACGCACAAUGAGAAGGUGGACCUGUGGUGCAUUGGUGUGCUCUGCUACGAGCUGCUGGUGGGAAACCCACCCUUUGAGAGUGCUUCCCACAAUGAGACGUACCGGCGCAUUGUCAAGGUGGACCUAAAGUUCCCUCCUUCUGUGCCCGUGGGAGCCCAGGACCUCAUCUCCAAGCUGCUCAAGCAUAACCCCUCAGAACGCCUGCCACUGGCCCAGGUCUCAGCCCACCCUUGGGUCCGGGCCCACUCUCGCAGGGUGCUGCCUCCCUCCGCCCCUCAGUCUGUCCCCUGAAAUGUCCGUCAUUUUCUCAGUUGUGUCUGUCUGUAUAUGUGUAGUUAGGAGGAGGGGGGUGUCCCCAGCCUGUUUCUGCAUCUGUCUUCCACCUCCUCUUUAUUUAAUAAAGGCUGAAGCUUUUUGUACUGAUGAGUGUAGAUGUUUACAGGUGGCGACUGCUGUGGAGGGAAGUCAUCACCUGUGGGGAGGAGGUGAGGGAGUUGCCCAUGAGGGGCACUGGGGUGGGCACGGCAUCACCACCCCUGGCAGCACCCCUCAGCACUGAAAGCAACCUCUCAGCUCUAACCCCAUCUGGUCAGCUCCCAACCAUCCCACUUCCACAUCUUUUCUUUCCCCUGCUCUGGUUCCCAGGCCUGGGGAUGCUGGGGACCUUGGCGCCACCUUGCUAUGCCUGCACACCAGCCAUCACCAGCCAUCUCCAUCCACCUUCUCUUAUUACUCCCUCUUAGUUGACCUCUAAUCUUUCCCUUUCCUGGGUCAGUCUUGCUCACCCAGGAGCAAUUAAAGUUGUCUUUUUUGUUUGUUUUUCUGCUCUGGUGAGGAUUUAGCACAGGAGUAAAUAGAAGCUGAUGGUAUCUUGUUCCUGACCUAAGGUUUCACUGCUAUGUAUGAUGCUUGCAAUAUGGUGCUUCCUGUAGGUUUUGUUUUGGCCACCCGGAGCAGCAUGCAGGAUCUUAAGUUUCUCUGACCAGGGGACAAACCCAUUCCCCUUGCAGUGGAAGCUUGGAGUCCUAACCACUGGACUGUCAGGGAAAUCUCUUGCUGUAAGUUUUUGAUACAUGUCUUUUAUCAGGUUAAGGAAGACCUGGGCUCUUCCUAGUUAAUGGUUUGGUGUUUUUUGAAGAAUGAACAGGUGUUAAGUUUCACCUAAUGCUUUUUCUGCAUGUGUUUAUUAUUUGUACUUUUAAGCCAUGUGAUGAAGAACAUCAAUAAAGUUUCUUUUUUUU